UACACGCGUGUAAGUGGCAUGGAUCAUAUUGCUUGGCUUUGACAUCCUAGUUCCGUGAAGUCUUGAAACUUGUAACCACACUGAUCAUGUCACCUUCCUUUUCAUUGACAAAAAGGUGCGCACAAUCCAACCGGAAUGGAUCCUACUAUGGAACAAUGGAAAGAAAUGAGCGAUACCAUAAAGAAACACAAAUUGCUUCCCUUUUUUGACUGUGCAUAUCAAGGAGUAAGUCUUUUUCAUACAGAAUAUUGGCGAGCGGUUUCUAGGUGCGUCUUAAAAUCUCUCACAAUUUAGUCAGUUCGCUUCUGGAGAUCCUAUCGAAGAUGCUGCGGCAGUGCGAAUGUUUGUUGAGGAUGGCCAUCUCAUCUCGAUGGUGCAAAGUUUUUCCAAGAAUUUCGGUUUGUAUGGACAGAGAAUUGGAGCUUUGUCUGUUGUUGGUCGUGACGAGGACGAAGCCAAACGUGUAGUGUCCCAAAUGAAAAUGGUUAUCCGUCCCAUGUACUCGAACCCUCCUCGUCAAGGAGCACGACUAGUAACGACCAUUUUGGAGGAUCCAAAACUCACGCAAGGUACGUUUUGAAUUGUACUCAAACUCCGAAAACAAUAAUACGAAAACUCUCACGAUGUGAGUUUUUGUUUCCGUAUCAAUGUCGAAGAUUUCUUGGAUCAAUGCAAGGGAAUGGCCGAUCGCAUCAAUCUAAUGCGUUCAGCGCUGAAAAAUAGCCUUGUGGAAGUCGGUUCGACAAAGAAUUGGGAUCAUAUUACGAAACAGAUUGGUAUGUUCGCUUACAGUGGGCUUACCGCUGAUCAGGUUAUGAAAAUGAGGGAUGUCCAUCACGUUUACUGCACUGCCGAUGGACGAAUCAGCAUGGCUGGUGUAACCACUGGAAAUGUGGAUUACAUUGCAAAUGCUAUCCAUGAUGUGUCAAAAUAGAAUGAGCAUAGCUCUAGCGAUCAUA